UGAAGGGUAAAUGUGGAGGGAGCCACAGAGAGGGUCCAAGCGUUUCUGAGAAGAGAAGCUGCCUCUUCCAGGAACAAAGUGGUGUCUGCUGGCUGCCUGGCCUGAGAACCUUCUGUGAGUUAAAGGGAACAAACAUGAGCGUUCGUGGUUUGCUACAGUGAUUUAGAAGAGGAAAGAGAGAGAGACAGAGGGAGAAGUCGCACCUUGGAGCAAGGCUGCUGUUGCAUCCCGCUGCUGCCCUUUAGGUGGCUGUUCCUGCAGCUGCAUCUGCUCUCAGCCAUCAGCUCAGUUACCUGAUUCUAUUUUCUGUGGAUUGUAAUGAAGUUGGAACUCAAUAGAAGCCUGGAGUAUUAAAAGGAUGAUAGCCAUUUUAAAGACAGCGAGGAGCUUGGCAUAAACAGAGGCAAAGGAGCAGGGCACGCUGCUACUCUGUGGGUGUUGAUUGAAAACUUCGAUCUGCCCACCGUUUCACGGUUGAUCUGAAGGAUUUCUCACUUGAUCACGGAGAGUAUUUCAAUUAAGGUCUCUUUAGAUGGAAUGUAAUAAAGAAGAAAGCUCCAGAGCAUCAAUGUGUGAAUUAGUGUCUCUCUACUAAAACAGAAAGCCCAGUGGUCACAGCCACAGACACUUCAACCCUGGAUCCUACGACUCCACAUUAAGUACUGGAGUAUUUAUUACUCUACUGUGGGAGAAAGUCUUUGCCAAUGCUUACAAGGAACUCUUUAUGCCUGCUUCUCUGGAUCCUGUUUGAUGGAGGUCUCCUAACACCACUUCAGCCACAGCCACAACAAACUUUAGCCACACAAUCAAAAGAAAAUGUUAUCCACCUGCCGGAGAGACAACCCCAUUUCCAGAGGGUUAAACGUGGAUGGGUAUGGAAUCAAUUUUUUGUGCUGGAAGAAUACAUGGGCUCCGAACCUCAAUAUGUGGGAAAGCUGCAUUCUGACUUGGACAAAGGAGAGGGCACUGUUAAAUACACGCUCUCUGGAGAUGGUGCUGGGACCGUUUUUACAAUUGAUGAAACUACAGGCGACAUUCAUGCAAUAAGAAGUCUGGACAGAGAAGAAAAACCUUUCUACACACUUCGUGCUCAGGCAGUGGACAUAGAAACGAGAAAACCCUUGGAGCCUGAAUCCGAGUUCAUCAUUAAAGUGCAGGAUAUUAACGAUAACGAGCCAAAGUUUUUGGAUGGACCUUAUGUCGCUAGUGUUCCAGAAAUGUCCCCUGUGGGUGCCUAUGUACUCCAGGUCAAGGCCACAGAUGCGGAUGACCCCACCUAUGGAAACAGCGCAAGAGUCGUUUACAGCAUCCUUCAGGGCCAACCUUACUUCUCUAUUGAUCCCAAGACAGGUGUUAUUAAGACAGCGUUGCCAAACAUGGACAGAGAAGUCAAAGAGCAGUACCAGGUCCUCAUUCAAGCGAAGGACAUGGGAGGACAACUCGGUGGCCUCGCGGGAACAACAAUUGUCAAUAUUACCCUCACUGAUGUCAAUGACAACCCACCUCGAUUCCCAAAAAGCAUCUUCCACCUGAAAGUUCCUGAGUCUUCUCCUAUUGGUUCAGCGAUUGGACGGAUAAGGGCAGUAGAUCCUGAUUUUGGAAAAAACGCAGAAAUUGAAUACAACAUUGUUCCAGGAGAUGGGGGAAAUUUGUUUGACAUUGUCACAGAUGAAGAUACACAAGAAGGAAUCAUCAAAUUGAAAAAGCCUUUGGAUUUUGAAACGAAGAAGGCAUAUACGUUCAAAGUAGAGGCCUCCAACCUUCACCUCGACCACCGCUUUCACUCUGCUGGCCCCUUUAAAGACACUGCUACAGUCAAAAUUAGUGUGCUGGAUGUGGAUGAGCCUCCGGUGUUCAGCAAGCCACUUUACACCAUGGAGGUUUAUGAAGACACUCCUGUGGGGACCAUCAUCGGGGCUGUUACAGCCCAAGACCUAGAUGUGGGCAGCAGUGCUGUUAGGUACUUUAUGGAUUGGAAGAGUGAUGGGGACAGCUACUUCACAAUAGAUGGAACGGAAGGAACCAUCGCCACGAAUGAAUUACUGGACAGAGAGAGCACGGCGCAGUAUAAUUUCUCCAUAAUUGCAAGUAAAGUUAGUAACCCAUUAUUGACCAGCAAAGUCAACAUACUGAUUAAUGUCCUAGAUGUCAAUGAAUUUCCGCCAGAAAUAUCUGUGCCAUAUGAGACGGCUGUAUGUGAAAAUGCCAAACCAGGGCAGAUAAUUCAGACAGUAAGUGCUGCAGACCGAGAUCUUUCACCUGCUGGGCAGCAAUUCUCCUUUAGAUUACCACCAGAGGCUGCCAUCAAACCAAAUUUUACAGUUCAUGACUUCAGAAACAACACAGCUGGAAUUGAAACCCGGAGAAAUGGAUACAGCCGCAGGCAACAAGAGCUGUAUUUCCUCCCUGUUGUAAUAGAGGACAGCAGUUACCCUGUCCAGAGCAGCACGAGCACAAUGACGAUUCGUGUUUGCAGAUGUGACUCUGAUGGGACCAUCCUGUCCUGUAAUGUGGAAGCAAUUUUCCUACCUGUAGGACUGAGCACUGGAGCUCUGAUUGCAAUACUACUAUGCAUUGUUAUACUCUUAGCUAUAGUUGUGCUGUAUGUAGCAUUGAGAAGGCAGAGGAAGAAAGACACCUUGAUGACAUCUAAGGAAGACAUAAGAGACAAUGUCAUCCAUUAUGAUGAUGAAGGAGGUGGGGAGGAAGACACCCAGGCUUUUGACAUUGGGGCUCUGAGAAAUCCCAAGGUGAUUGAAGAGAAUAAAAUUCGCAGGGAUAUAAAACCAGACUCCCUCUGUUUUCCUCGUCACAGACCGCAUGCGGAAGACAACAUAGACAUAAGGGAUUUUAUUCACCAAAGGCUACAGGAAAACGAUGCGGAUCCAGCUGCCCCACCAUAUGAUUCCCUGGCCACUUAUGCAUAUGAGGGAAAUGGGUCAGUGGCAGAGUCACUCAGCUCCAUAGACUCUCUCACCACAGAAGCAGACCAGGACUACGACUAUCUCACAGACUGGGGGCCCCGCUUUAAAGUCUUGGCAGACAUGUUUGGAGAAGAGGAGAGUCACAGUCCUGAUAAUGUGACCUAGGGAAGACGAAAAGACUGGUUAAUACACAUCUAGAGAAGAAAAUUUUAUCAAAAAUAUUAAGAAAAAAUGUUAACACACACACACACACACACACACACACACACACUUCCUGAAUCUACAGGACAAGAUUCCUUUGAUCAUGCAGUUUCUAGCAAUUUGUCCUAUUUACUGUCUUGUCAUUUUGGGUUAUUCUGAUAACACAAGAUAAAUCCUAUAAUGCGUCCUUGCUUUGUUUUGUCUUGUUAUUUCAGGAACACUCUGAGCAGAGCUCAGGUCUAUUAAAUACAAUUCACUGGCAUGACAACCUAGAAUGAAGAUAGCUAUGUGGCAUCACGGUGGAAGAGUGUGAGAUUUUUCUUAAUUCCACUAAAGUGCCUAUUGAAACUCUUAUCAUUGAACGUGGUGUACACAACAUUCCGCUGUGAUGGCUUUGCAGGAGUCUGAGAUGAAGAGGAACAAACCAGGCGUGUCUCUGUCAAGGAGCAAAAGCGACACGCUGACUCGCAUUCCUUUCAAGAACAAAGAAGAACACUUCCCAAACCCCAUCUUUUUAGAAGGCAAAUGUUUCCUUUUCAAAAUUGUAAACUGAAAAUUAUUUGUUUUUUCCUAUUCUUUCAGAAACUGGAAUAAAUGAGACAUGAAAUUCCAUAUGUAAGUCAUGAAUUCUAAGAGCAAUGCUUAAAUCAUAACAUUAUUUCAUGUUAAAGAUGUUAAUUAAGCUGUUAACUUUUCCAAAAACUAAAAUUAUAUACAGGAUAUUAUAAGGAUCCCUCUUUGUAAAACGAUGCCUCAGGGCUCAAAUUCCAACUUCAAAUAAACAUUGGUUUGCUUAAUUCUAAACUGGUAUGUGAAAACUGGUUUUAAAAUAUCAACAAAUCCUUUAAUUUCCCAGUCAAAGAUAAAGUUUCAGAUGUGUUUCUCCUGAAAUUUCUGAAAGAAAAAUAUAUGGCUCAUUUAAACAUGAGAAAAAGUCUCCAUUCAAAUUCCUAGCAUUUUCAUCAGUGGUACUUUGAUGAAUGAUUCCAAGAAAAUGCAUAUCAAAUAGUGUGAUUUAUAACAAGUACGAACUUUUAAUCGGUACUACUGAAGAAAUAAGAGUCAGGAACUUCUAAAAUCAAACCAAUGACUAAAUCCCAAAGGGAGCAAACCUUCAAUGCCAGGCAGCUGAUUCACUUGCUCUCGUGAUGUUGAUUUGAACUUUGUAAACUCAGUUUUUAUAUUGGCUCAGAGUCACCUUUUUCCAGUUUCUCAUCUACAAAAAUCCUAAUGUAAAUUACUCCUUAUAAUUCUUCUGACAGAACUUCUACAGUUUAUGCAAAUUCUGUGAAAUAGUAGGAUUUAUGACUACAUUAAUAAACAAGGCUCAAAUCAAUUGAACACGGGUUAUCCAUUAUUCAAAAUUUCACGUGAUACAGCAAAUGAAAACCAAACAUAAAGUAACAACUAUUCUUAACAAUGUGUUUGUAACAACUGACCACUUCUACCUAUGAUAUACAUAGAGAAUAAUUAAGGUUACUUAAAUAUGCAUACAUAAGAUAUGUUAUUAAAUAUCUGUGAAUAUCAUUAUCAUUUGUGAGGCUCUGAAAAUAAAAUUGCACACUGUGGAGUCUUAGAAAUGUAAAGGAUGGACAAAUAAAUUUUAGCCAAUUCUCAAAUGCAUAUUUUCAAAUUUUUUUAUAGUGUAGGGAUAUGCCCAUUGUGUCUGUGCUUUCCUUCUUCUUCAGGCUCAUCUUAGCCCUUUUGUGAUGGGAUUUCACGUUCUGAGUCAGCAAACCAUUCCACUGUUGUUUCCGUUUUCAUGUAAUAAAGAAACAAAUAAUUUCAGGAUUUCACACCUGAGAAAAGCAACUGUUUUAUAGAACUUAUAAUUGCAUUUCAUACUAGAGAAGAAAACACCUAAUAUGACCUAUUUCUUAUUUCACUAUGUAUGAAGAUUGUCUCCCGAAGGAGGUUAAUAUGCAAGACCACAUCCUAUAAAGACAGCAUUUUUAUUAAAGAUUGUCAUUGCUUUUAGUAUUUUCGCAGGAAAUAUAACUGCCUUUUCAAAAAGAUGCUAAGAAGAAGCCAUGAAGACAUGAAGAUCUGAGAGACAGAUUGUUUUAAACUACAAAACUAAGAAAAUAUGAAAAUAUGCAAUGUGGAGCACUUGGUUUCCAUCACACAUACCACUCCAAAUAUCUUUGUCAUUUCCUACAUUACAUCAUUAACUAUUAAGAUGAUCAUAACAACUUAUCACAGACAAAGUGUCUUUAAACAACCAAGUUUCCUCAUGUCUCAGAGAUGGGGUUUCCUCUCACCAUCUUCUAGUCUUGGAGAAAACCUCUUUUCCUUCCUUUUUUGUUUUUAUCUCUUUCUACUUUGGUAUGGUCUCUGAUUGUUUCUGUUUCUCUUUUCAUAAGGCAGCCUUCUUAUUAGAGAAGCAUCUACCCACAAGACCUCUUUUUACCUGGUUUACCUUAUUAAAGGCCUUAUCACCAAAUACUAUCCCAGUCUAAGGAAUUUGGGUUGGUUCUUGAGCAUGUGGAUUUGUCCAAUCCCAAUCUGAAGACUGUAACAAUAUAUACUUUUUAACUAGCAUUUGAUUGACAAUGACCAAUAAAAGUAAUAUGAAAAUAAUCUUAGAUAUAAUGAUCAAAAUAAUAUAUGAUGUGUAAAAGAGAUCCUUUGGUGCUUACAGUUAGAGGGGUAAUUAUAUCUUUUAGGCUAGUGAAAGGACUAAGCCUAAUAUUUCAAUACCGGUUACACUUGGGAUGUUUUUAUUCAUGCAAAUAGGUAUUGUCUUUCAUUCAAGCAUUAAGCAAUAUAAAAAUGCUGAAAAUUUAUAUGAAUGAUUUUAGCUGUAAACAACUAAACCACAUUUUGUUAUUGGCUUGCAUGUCUAUCUUUAUAGAUCUACAUAUGUACAUAUAUAUGACUUGUCUGUUGCCUUCAAUGCUUUUUAAAGAAGUGUACAAUCAAUAUACAAAAGUGAAGCAGUGUUAUUGAUGUAUACUAAAAACAAAUUUGCGUGCUUUGAACCAUAUUCACUCUUUUGACUCAAAUUGUCCUCUGGAUCAAAUUCCUUGGCCUCCAGUGUUUUAUUCUCUUUAGUGAAACUUAUUUGUUAUAUGCACUACCAUGUACAAUUAAUCAAAAUUUUCUUGUCCUUAACUUAUAGUAAUGACUGUAUGAAGCAUAGCAAAUAUUUUACCUACAGACUAAGAUCAUUUAAAGACCCAUGGAUAUUUGAAGUUGUACAUAAAAAAAUAUUUAAAUCGAGUAGGGAUUUGAUUGAUCAUUCAUUAAAACUCCCUAGUUCUACUUCAGAAAACUAUACAACUAAUUCUAUUGAUAUAUAUUAUUAUCUGUUAUAUAUUCAUAUAUAUAUAAUUAUUCUGUGAAGUAAAAAUAUAAAAACAUCAUAACAUAAUGAAAACCCAGAUAUUGAGGGAUGGAUGUUCUCCUUCCUUAAAGAUUAUGCAAAAACAUCAGUACUAUUAGGAAAUAUGAGGGUGUUAUACGAUACAGGGCAAUACCAUAAGAGAGCAGGCAUCCACCACAAGAAUUACAAAUACAUUGGAACAAUAAAAAUAAUAGCAACAACAAGAAAAACAAUAAAUAAUAAUUUAAAUUGAUAUAUAUAUGAAAGUAUUGUAUUUUAGUGGCUCCCUGAUUAAGUGUAUUUUUUAGAAUA